AUGUCUUCAGACCCUGCAAGACCAGAUCUAGAUGUUUCCAUAGAUCUGAUUUUCUCUAUAAGUCACCAAUUGGAUAGAGGAACCCCCGCUUCUAGUACUUCAUCAUCGAACCAAGAUCCCGAAGUGGCAAAGGCAUUUAGUGAGAUUUGUUUGGCAUGCCGAACUGGGGAUAUUGAAGUAGUGGACUCGUUAUUAUCUACUCCAAACCUAGACAUAAACCAGGUUGAUGAGUAUGAUUAUUCACCUUUGAUUUUGAGUUCAUUGUGUGGGCAUUAUGAUAUAGUUGAAUUAUUAUUACAACGUGGUGCUGUCUGUGAUCGGGAUACUUUUCAAGGAGCACGUUGUAUAUAUGGUGCUUUGACAGAUGAAAUUAGAGACUUACUAGUAAGUUUUGAUAUUUCAAAAGCGGUGGAUGUGACACAACCAUUUGCUGGUCAUAUAGCUUCAUUGUUGAACCCAUUACUAGGUACUAUUACUGCAGACGUGGUUUUUCAAUUUAAGCAACCUGGGAUCCCUGAAGAUUUAAGAGUAUUCAAACUGCAUAGGUUUUUAUUGGCAUCUCGAAGUCCUUAUUUUGAGGAAAAAUUUAAUGGGGAAUGGGAAAAUUUGACUGUGAUUACAAUGCCCAUGAGUGUUGAUCCUGCAGUAUUCAAAAGAAUAAUAAAUUAUUUUUAUCUUCGAACUCAUGCUGUUUUGAAUGACAGUUAUGCUAUUCAAGAUCAGUUGCUUAAAUUGGCACGAAUGUAUGAGCUCGAUGAUUUGGUAGACGGUAUUGAAGAGAUAAAGGGAAUUGAAGACGAAAAAGCAAGAGCCAAGAUAGGGCAUGAUUUGUCAUUCAAGUUUGUUGAAAAGGCGAGAAAAGAUUUGGAUGAUUUCUUAUUGCAAAAGAUUCUUGGUGAGAAAUUGAGCACGGACAUGGACUUGAAAGAUGAUGUUGAUUUGGAAGAUAUCGAUUGCACAGAGUUUUUGAGUGAUGCCCAGAGAGAAGCAUUACUUGAAGCAGACUCUAUCCCAGACGUAAUUCUAGCUUGUGUCGAUUCCGAGUCUGAAUCUGUUAUUUAUUAUCCUGUGAACAAAUCAAUAAUUGCUCGAUCUGAGUAUUUUGAUACUAUGUUUAAAUCAGAAAUGUUUACAGUUGCAGAAGAAGACUUGCCAUUAUAUAGAGAGGCUGGAGUUCAAGUCAUUAAUCGUCCACAGCUAGAUACGGACCAUCUUGCAAUAAUUCAAGUUUCCACAAGUACUGCCAAUCAGAAAAUUGCUGAAAUGGUGUUAUCCUUUUUGUAUCAUGACAAUAUCAACAACAUUCCAUUGGAUUUGUCACUAGAAUUACUAUUUGCUGCUGACGAAUUGUUUUUGGAAAGGUUGAAAACAAUGAGUGCUGUGAACAUCACUUCUCAGUUCCAAAAGUUCAACUUCCAAGAGUUUCAAUCUUUACAAGACAAACUAGACUGCAAUGCCUAUGAUUUGAUCCGAGCAUCCUGGCAAACUAGAUGUGAUAAGCUAGAACAACAUGUGACAAAAAUGAUUGCAUAUAAUUUAUCAGAAAUUUUUAAUCUGGAAAUAGAACGCCAAAAGUUGUCUGACUUGAUCAAAGAGUCUGCAGAAAGAAUUAAAGAAAGACAAGACACAGAUACAAUUGAAUUGGUUGAUGAUGUCAGGUAUUAUUUGACCAAAAAGUAUGCCAUCAAUGAGGAGAUUGGAUCAUUUGACCCAACUUUUUCAUCAGACAAGAAUACAGAUGAUAUCAAUCUAUACAAAACUGCAUUGCUUCAGUAUGAAAAGGACGUUGAAAUUAUAGACUAUUUAUUAGACCAAUUGCAUUUAGAUGCAUGA